AUGGCUAGGGAUGUUGCUCAAUUUCUCCAGAAAAAGUUCCUGGCAUCUCUUAGGGACACAGAGUUUGAAUUAUCAGGUGCUGUUCUCAUUUCUUACUUGCGAGCAAUCAAAGAUAUUGUAAUAGAUAUAGAUACGCGAAGACUUACGAAAGAUUACUGCCGUCGCUUUAUCUAUGUGCUCCUGGACCUCACCGACGCAUUCACCAAGUGCCAGGUCUUCUCACAUGAGUGGAAGAAGCAUAGUCAUCACAGGACUCAUUUAGUAGUCUUCAACCAUUUGAGUUUGAGGAAGAUUUGUUUCGUGCGGAAGAUGAAGAAGCGGCUGGCUGCAAUAAAACGCAUCUUCGAGGAUGAGUUUAUGAAAAAGGAAGAAACAAUUUAUAACUUGAGGGAAUCAUCAAGUCGUCCUGAUCCUGAAGAGAAUUUGGAGAGCGAACUACCUGUAUUAAUACAUCGCGGUCGAAAAUUUGAGGCUGAAGGUGUGGGAUUUGAUGAGAAAUUACGGAAGAUUGGGAACUUUCUUUUAAAAUCAUCGCCAUCGUCAGGUGCUGGAUUUGCGGCAGUUGGGAUACAGGGCAUGGCAGGCGCCGGUAAGACCACUCUGGUGCGCGAGUUUUUGAGUUGGUGGGUACUGCAAGGUGAAUUUUCUCCUAUAAUUUGGUUAUGCUUGUCGAAUAUAAUCAAAGAAAAUAAACAAGUAGAAGAGGAAAUUGAGGUCAGCAUUGUGAAAUGUAUGCUUAGUAAGCUGGACCAUGAUGCCGUUGUCGAUGGAGAUGGCAUCAUACAGGAGGAGGAAAAGACAGUAAGUAGUGAUAAUAAUAAGUCUGGUCAUCUCCUUGCUGCGCUCUUGGAAAGGCUCAACCAAGGUUUAUCAGAUAAAAGGUAUUUGAUUGUGUUGGAUGAUGUGUGGCACAUGAACGAUUUCUACUCGGAUUUAGGACAUAGGGAACAACUACUUGAGGUUCAGGAAGGUGAUAAGAAAGUUGGGGAUCGCUUGUCGCACGGAUUGCCUAAGGGUAGUGGUGGUGCGGUCAUUGUCACUAGUAGGAUAUCGGAAGUGGUUGAAGCUAUGGUGGCACCGGCGGAGGGGUCAGAUCAACAUUAUAACAGCUUGAUUAUUCCUCUUGAGCCUUUGGACAGAGAAAGGUGCUGGGAUAUAUUUAAGUACACUGUUUUUGGUUAUCUUCCUGAUUUUGAAUAUCAACAACAUUUGGAAAAGGUUGAGAGUGAAAUUAAGGAUCUAUGUUAUGGUCUACCAUUGGCCGCUAGGACACUCGCAGAAAUCAUGUCCCAAAACUCCCAAAAUUUAGGGAGGACUUCUCCGCCCUACCGCAAAUCUGAGGAGUUGCUUCAAUUACCUGAUUCCUUCUUCGGUAUCCCAAUGUUGGUGUUUAUUGAUAUUCUAGGAGGAAGAGAACUCUUUGGGAAAUUUUGCGACCUCCUUACUGAAGAGCAGGUUUUUGGUGUACAACUGAAUAGAGGAUACACGAGGGAUAAUCCUGAGAGGGUGCUAAAGGAUGUUUAUGGUACUCUAGAAAAGCUUAAGCAAAAAGGUUAUUAUGGUCUUGCUUCUGAAAUUCAAAGGAAGAUGAGAAUUAUAGUUGUUGGCAGGGAUGAGAUUGUAAAUUGGAUUUUGGGAGUUAUCUGUGAUCUUAAAUUGCCAGAGUCACCCUCCAUUGCUCCGGUACCACCGCCGACUUUAGAAGACCAACACCAAUGUGGAAUCGCUGCUUCGUUUGGAUGGAAGGACAUUUCAAAUAUAUCACCGCUGCGAUCGUUCCUUGUUGACGUAGCACUGGCGAAAUCGAUGAGAACUGAUAGCUGGCAUUGUCUCAUUAGGAUGAAACCACAUUCUUCUUUAAAGUACCGAUUACCAUGUUAUUUGCAUGAGGUUGGAGAUGUGGGAAAAGCGGAUAAUCCAACAUUCUACGGACGAUUUUGGUCCCACUUCAAGUUGGCUGCCUUCAACUAUAGUUCAAGACUCGACCUAACCUCAGUUGCAAUAGUAAAGGUGUUGAAUCAUCUUGGUCAGUGGGAAAUGCUUCACAUUCCUGAAAGAAUAAAUUCAAUUUGUUGUCUUAACUUGCCUAUCUUUGGUCCAAGAAAAGAUCGUUGGGUGGCAAAAAAUACGAUGGAAGAUGGAAAAACGCCCACGAACCUAUCUUUCAUAGACAAUGGACGCCUCGAAGUUCUUGGUUCCGAACUUGGAUUUUGGGACAAGAGCAGUAACUGGCCUCUCCUUGAUCAGGUACAAGGAAUUCGCUUCGAGUUUACAAAGGGUGCAAGAGUGCUUGUGGGCAUAAGUUUUGAUGAUGGAGCAAGAGAGUUUGAAAUCCCUACUGAUGAAUUGGUUGAGAUUGAAAUCUCUUACCACGGUCAAGUCAACAUUCUUGCCGGUCUAAAUUGCGAAGCAAAGAGUAUCCAUCACUCCAAAUUGCCGGUCCAAAUUGAGAUGGAAAAAUUGCACAGCGUUCAGAUACCUGAGGCCAAUCUAGAGCACUGAACAAAUGAAACAAAUGUAACAGUGAAACUUUAUUGAUAUUUUUCAACAACUGGUGUAUUUUUUAUUUUUUGUUUUUGUUUUUGUAUGUGUA